AUGGGCGCUAGGAAGAGAUCCGGGUAUCCGGGCUUGCCGCCGGCGCAGGAUUCGGAAGACCUCUUCCAGGACUUGAGCCAGUUCCAGGAGGCUUGGCUGACAGAAGCUCAGGUUCCAGACACUGAUGAGCAAUUUGUGCCCGACUUUCAUUCAGAAAACUUAGCUUUUCACAGUCCUCCUGCUAAGAUUAAAAAGGAGCCACAGAGUCCCUCCUCGGACCCCACACUGUCCUGCAACCAUAAGCAGCCAUUCCAGCACCACAAUGGCGAGCAGUGCCUUUAUGCCAGUGCCUAUGAUCAACACAGACAAGUUGGAAUCAAGUCCCCCAGCCCAGGAACCCAGAUACAGUCAUCGCUCCAACAGUUCCCUAAACAGGACAGGACCUUCCUGACCCCUGCGGGGCCACCCCACCCCACAUCCUGCUGUGGAUACAUCAGUGAAAACAGCUCUGUGUACCAGCCACCGGUGGAGACUGGCCAUUCCUUCCCCUCCUCCCAGGAAGACCCCAUCGCCUACCAGUGCCAGAUGUCUGAGCUCAGCCUUCAGUAUCAUCAUCAGGGCUUCAAACAGGAGUACCAUGACCCAAGGUAUGAGCAAACAAGCCAGGCAGGCGGCAGCCAUCAGUACCCAGGAGCUGUAGUGAUCAAGCAGGAGCAGGUGGACUACAUGUAUGACUCAGAUGUUCCUGGCUGUCCUUCUAUGUACAUAAAUGUUGAGAGUUAUCCAAGCCAUUCAAAUACAGAAGAUACAUUAGGCUGCAGCUAUGACAAGCAGAUGAGGUCCUUUACUGAUGAUGUCUGUGUUGUUCCAGAAAAAUUUGAAGGAGACAUCAAGCAGGAAGUUGGAGGGUACCGGGAAGGACCUCCAUACCAGAGACGGGGAUCCCUCCAGCUAUGGCAAUUUCUUGUAGCUUUACUGGAUGAUCCAACCAAUUCCCACUUCAUUGCCUGGACUGGUAGAGGGAUGGAGUUCAAGCUCAUUGAGCCAGAAGAGGUAGCCAGGCUGUGGGGUAUCCAAAAGAACCGUCCAGCCAUGAACUAUGACAAGCUGAGCCGAUCCCUUCGCUACUAUUAUGAGAAAGGCAUAAUGCAGAAGGUGGCUGGAGAGCGCUACGUGUACAAGUUUGUGUGUGAGCCUGAAGCCUUGUUCUCUCUGGCCUUCCCUGACAAUCAGCGGCCAACUCUGAAGGCAGAGUUUGACCGGCUGAUCAGUGAGGAGGAUACAGUGCCUCUCUCUCACCUGGAUGAGAAUGUCACUUGCUUGCCAGACCUCAGGAGCCUCCCUCCACAGCUUUACAGCAAAGGCUACACAUACUAG